CGGAAGUCGACGAAUUUGAAUCUCGUGGACCGUUGGAUGGGGCUGCUCGCGGUCGGCUUUGCGGCUCCGCGAAAGAAGGGAAAAGUGACACGACCGUUCUGGAACUUGUGCCCAGCGCGCCUUGUAAAAUGAAUGAAAAUAAACCUGGUGCCUCACAAAAUCUCGCUUGUGUUUUUUGUCGAAAAAAUGAUGACUGUCCUAAUAAAUACGGAGAAAAGAAAACUAAUGAGAAAUGGAAUCUCACUGUACAUUAUUAUUGUUUGUUGAUGUCAAGUGGAAUUUGGCAGAGAGGUAAAGAAGAAGAAGGAGUUUACGGUUUUCUAAUAGAAGACAUCAGAAAAGAAGUGAACAGGGCUUCUAAACUGAAAUGCUGUAUUUGCAAGAAGACUGGUGCUUCAAUCGGCUGUGUUACACCCCGAUGUAAACGAAGUUAUCAUUUCCCAUGUGGACUUCAGAGAGAAUGUAUUUUCCAAUUUACUGGCAAUUUUGCGUCAUUCUGUUGGAAACAUCGACCUGUUCAAAUAAUUACAUCUAAUAAUUAUAGAGACUCCUUGCCAUGUACCAUUUGUUUGGAAUAUCUUGAGCCUGUUCCAACUUACAGCAUAUUACGAAGUCCUUGUUGUAAGAAUGCUUGGUUUCAUAGAGACUGUUUACAGGUUCAAGCAAUAAAUGCAGGAGUGUUUUUCUUUAGAUGCACAAUAUGCAAUAAUAGUGAUAUAUUUCAGAAAGAGAUGCUAAGAAUGGGAAUUCAUAUUCCUGAAAAAGAUGCAUCUUGGGAAUUAGAGGAAAAUGCUUAUCAAGAACUUCUGCAGCACUAUGAGCAUUGUGAUGUCCGAAGAUGUCGUUGCAAAGAAGGGAGAGACUAUAAUGCACCUGAUAGCAAAUGGGAAAUAAAGCGCUGUCAGUGUUGUGGUUCUAGCGGAACACAUUUAGCUUGUUCCUCAUUACGGUCAUGGGAACAAAAUUGGGAGUGUUUGGAAUGUAGAGGUAUUCUCUACAAUUCAGAGGAUUUCCAAAAAGCCAAAAAACAUACAUUACCCAACACUAAUAGUGUGGGAAUAACUGAUUGUUUGUUGGAAGAAUCAUCACCUAAAUUACCCAGACAGUCACCUGGAGCCCAGCAUAAAGAUCUCCUGAGGCAAGGCAAUAAAUUUAGAAAAGAAGUUUCAACAAUAAUGGUGGAAUUAGGUUUUCAAAUUAAAAAAAAAACUAAAAGAUUAUGGAUUAAUAAAGCCAAUGUCUGGAAUAGUGCCUUAGAUGGAUUCAGAAAUCAAAACUUUAAUCCUUCAUACACAAUUGAAGUAGCAUAUGUCGAUGAAAAUGAUAACUUUGGAAGAGAGCAUCCUGGAUCAAAGCAAGAAUUCCUAAGUCUCUUGAUGCAACAUCUUGAGAAUUCACCAAUGUUUGAAGGGUCCUUGUCAAAGAAUUUGUCUCUAAAUUCUCAAGUUCUGAAAGAGAAUCUUUACUAUGAAGCUGGCAAAAUCCUUGCCAUUUCUUUGGUCCAUGGUGGUCCUUCACCUGGUUUCUUUUCUAAAACCUUGUAUAACUGCCUUGUUUAUGGACCAGAAAAUACCCAACCAAUUUUAGAUGAUGUUUCAGACUUUGACGUGGCACAAAUUAUAAUCAGGGUAAAGACUGCAACAAAUGUGGCUGACUUAAACUCAAUAGUAAAUGAAUGCUAUAACUACCUAGAGCAUAUUGGAUGUUUAAGACUUAUAACUUCAUUAAGUGAUAAAUAUAUGUUGGCAAAAGACAUACUAGUUUAUCAUGUAAUUAAGAGAGUCCAAGCACCCUUUGAAAGUUUUAAGCAGGGUUUGAAAACUCUUGGUGUUUUGGAGAAAAUUCAGACUUACCCAGAAGCCUUUUAUAGCAUCUUCUGUCAUAAACCUGAGAAUCUUACUGCAAAAAUCCUUAGUGAUCUUUUUACAGUACGCACAUUAUCUGACGUACAGGCUUUGGGAUUUUGGAACAGUUAUCUACAGGCUGUUGAGGAUGGUAAAUCUGCAGUAACAAUGGAAGACAUUCUUAUUUUUGCAACCGGUUGCAGUUCCAUUCCACCUGCAGGAUUUAAACCCACUCCUUCAAUUGAGUGCCUUCAUAUGGAUUUUCCUGUUGGAAACAAGUGUAAUAACUGUUUAGCUCUUCCAAUCACCAAUACGUAUCAAGAAUUUCAAGAAAAUAUGGACUUUGCCAUAAGAAACACCCUAAGACUAGAAAAGGAAGGAAGUUCUCACUACAUUGGACAUUAAAAUGUUUUGAACAAAGAAAUGCUUCUUGAAAAGCUGCUAUUGAUACUUUUUGUUUCAGAAAUCUGUCCAUAAUUUGAACAAACUUGUCAGCUUCUUGGCCCAAUAAAAUUUAUAUGAACAUAAAGGAAUGUUUUGGCCACUUAAGCUAAAAAAAUUUUUGUUAACAUGUACCAGUCAAAAUUGAUGAUAUUUUUCUAUUUUCUUAAUAUACGUGCGUCAUAAACUUUAAUAUAAAUAGUUUUAAAACAGCUGUACAGACUUUUUUCAAGUAUAAUAACCUGAGAUAUAUAUAUAUAUAAGAAAAAAACUUGUAUUCACUGUUUCUGCAAAUUAGGAUUAGCUAUAGGAUACCACAAUGCUUUUUCUAGUUUUAUAUAAUUUUCAAAUUAUUAUUUUAUUUUCAAGCAUUAAAUAGAAAAGCAAAUUGAUAAAUCGUGUUAUAUAAAUCAAAAGCAUAUAUUCUGGGGUAUGUGUUAUAAAUAUUUUUCCUAGGAUGGCACGGAAUUGGUUGAAAAUGUUUUUAGAUUACUGAUUUAUAUUAAAACAGACCCACACUGCAAUUAGACUAUGCCUAAUGGGAAGUAUUAUGAAAAAGCAGAAUUGCACAAAUAUUGUUGAACCUAUGGACAUUCCAUAGUCUUAAGAACACUUCUGAGGUGGAUAAAAUAUAUUUGAAAAUAACUUAAAAUGUGUUUAAAGGCUUGGCUUUGAUCAUAGGAUUUUCUUUUUUUCUCUAUUUCCCAUGUGUGGUAUUAAAACCACAUUAUGUCUGAUUCAGAAUCAUUUGGGGUGUGUCAUUUAUCUUUGUGGAUUACCAUGACUCUUUGACAGUUAUUUAUUAUCAAGUUGGUUGUGUGAUAGGUAAGCUGGUACCAUUGCAUUAUAUAUUACCUUCUUUGCUCUUGAAAGAUAUCUUUAUUAUAUAAGCAAUGGAAAAAUGUGUAAGAAAGAAGUACAAACAGAAUGAAAAACCCACGCUAAUCUCACAGUGCAGAAUUAACUAGUAUGUUUCAUUUAUUCUUACUAUAAACUAUUUUCCUUUCCUUUUAAACUUUUGUUAUUGAAAGUCAAAGAAUACCUUAAGUAACAAGAAAUCAUGUAAUAACAAUUUGAAAACACAUAGUCCCAUAGUUAUGUCCCCAUGUUUAUAUUCUUGCAAAAGAAGAAAGUGGAAAAGUUUUGAGUUCCUAAUCUAUUAUCAAACAUAAAUGCGUUUUCCACCAAAGUAAAUUUAAAUUGCAUGAGAGUUAAAUCAUUAUGAGAGGUUGGUUUUAACCACAUUUUUUUUAUAUACAAAAGCAGCUAUCAACUAUAAUCAUAUUCUCAUCCUUCCCAAGACAUCCUUAAAUUAUUGAUAUUUUCAAAGAAAAACAACAGGAUUGAUUUGAUACUGGUGAUGGGACUCUUCAAUACCAAAGGAAAGCUAAAACAUAUUCCUAAUAUAAUUUUCCUUGUUACACUUAUUGACAGACCCAGCAAAUUAAAGUUUCAUUUUGACUUGAAGUUUUUAAGAACAUUAUAGAAGGCAUUUAUUUGUCUUAUAUUGUGUUAUUAUUGUUGUUGUUGUUGUUGUUGUUUAGGUUUUAUUUAUUUAUUUGACAGAGA